AUGGACCCCAGAGUGACCAGAGUCAUGGGGUGGCUUUGGGGACAGGAACAGAGGGACAGGAACAGGGGAACUGGGAUGUGGGGACAGGAACAGGGGGAGAGAGAUGUGGGGACAAGGAUGUGGCUACAGGCACCUUGGGGCUGGGACAGCAGUGGGGACAGGGACAGGGGCACAGGGAUGCAGGGACAGGGACAAGGGCCACGUGCCAUGCAGAUGGGGCAUGGGGACAGGAGCCAUGGGAAUGGGAUCACGGGCACAGGGCCAUGGGGAUGUGGCUGUGGGGACAGGCACUGUGAGGAUGGUGGAGGUGACCUGUGCCAGCAUGGGGUGUCCACAGUGUCCCCAUGUCCUACCUCAGCCCAGGGUGACCGAGGUGUCGCUGUCCUCAAGAUCUCCGUGCUACACCAGUGUUGCACUGGGGACAGUCUGGGGACAGACACCACACCUCAUCCCCUGGGUGCUGCUGCCCCUGCAGGGCCACCCCCACCCAGCCCUGUCCCUUCUCCCUUCCAGCCCAGACCCUCAGCCUCUCUGGUGAGUCCUCGAGGGAUGCUGUGUCCCUGCCCCGCUGUCCCCAGCCCCGUGGUGGCCCUGGCAGGCUGGUGUCCCCUGUCACCCGCAGGUGCCCAGACCACCCAGCUCCUGGUGGAGCCCCCGUGGACACCAGCAGUGCUGUGGGACCCGGUGACACUGACCUGCCAGGGCUUGGGGACCACCGGUGACACCACCUGGUACAGGGACUGGUGGCAAUUGUGGCAGGAAGCUUCCGACCAACUCAGUGUCACCGAGAGUGGCAUCUACAUGUGUGAAAGACCUGGCAGUGGGCUCAGCCCCUCCGUGAGAGUCUUAGAUGAUCGGCUGGUGCUGCAGGUGCCAGCACGGCCACUGCUGGAGGGGGACACGGUGACACUGCGCUGCCGGGUCAGGCAGGAUAUGCCGGUCUCCAGGGUGGAAUUUUACCGAGAUGAGAAGGAUCCAGGGGGGUCCCUCAAUGGCCCCGAGCUGUCCCUGUCCCCCCUGCAGCUGCACCACAGCGGCCGCUACCACUGCAGGGGCUGGCUGAGCUUGGAGCAGACAGAGUCAGCGCCGGUGACAGUGACAGUGCAGGGGGUCCCACCCUCGGGGGUGUCCCUGUCAGCACAGCCCCCCGGGGGACAGGUGGCACUGGGGGACCGCCUGGUGCUGAGCUGCGCGGUGGCCGCAGGGACAGGUCCCCUGUCCUUCACCUGGCAUCGGGGGGGCUCGGGGGCACCGCUGGGCACCGGCCCUCGCCUGGAGCUGUGGGACAUUGGGGACAAUGACAGCGGCCACUAUCACUGCCGGGUCAGCGAUGGGGACAGCGUAGCCGAGAGUGUCCCCCUGAAUGUCACCGUCCUGGUGCCCGUGGCCAAUGCCACCAUCACCCCCGGUCCCCUGUCACACCAGGUGCACACAGGUGACCCCGUGACCCUGCGCUGCUCGGUGCAGGUGGGCUCAGCCCCUGUCACCUUCACCUGGCUGCACAACGGGCAGGAGGUGGCCCGGGGUCCUGUCCUGGAGCUUGGGGACAUCGAUGUGACACAUUCGGGCACCUACCAGUGCGUGGCCACCAACCAGCUGGGACAGGACGGGCACCGCGUGUUCCGGGCACUCAGCCCCGAGCUGGCCCUGGAGGUGACAUCAUGGGGACACUGGGGUACAGCAGUGGCCGUGAAUGUGGGCAGGACCCUCCUGUUCCUGGUGCUGCUCCUGGCUGUCAUCGGGGGCUGUCACUGGUGGCAUCACCUGGCUGCCAAGAAAUCCCAGCACAGGGCCCCCCCAGAGCCCCUGGCUCCCCUGGAGGAGGGGGAGGUGCUGGACACCCACCGAGUGCGCACCGAGUGUGCAGAGGGGUCCCCCCACGCUGUCCCCCCUAAGGACCCACAGGUGACCGACACGGAGCUGCCAGGACCUCAUGGGCAGGACACCAGUGACAUCUAGGACAACAUGCUGUGACACUGGGGGACACUGGGGGACACUGGGGGACACUGGGAGUCCCCACCCCACAGCUCCUGUGGUCGUCCAUCCUGCCCGGGGUGAUGAUCACGAGCUGGGGGGGCUGCACAGGGCCCCCAGUGCUCCCCUUUCCCCCUCCCAGUGCUCCCAGUACACCCAUGGCUCCCCAUCUCUCCUCCCAGUGCCAGGGGAACACAGGACUCAUUUCCCUGGUUUUUGGCCCAAAAUGCAGCUUUUU